AUGGCAUUUUCACAUAUACCCUACCUACGUCAAACGGUCGACUCGAAGCAGUUGGUCGUCAAGGGUGAGCCCUUUCUGAUGCUGGCCGGGGAACUUCAGAACUCGUCGUUCAGCUCACCAGAAUACAUGAGAGAUGUCUGGGACAAGCUGACUACUAUGAACAUGAACACGGUACUCGGUUCUGUAUCUUGGGAGCAGAUCGAGCCUACAGAAGGAAACUUCGACUUCAAGUCUCUGGACCAGGUUCUGCUGGAUGCUCGGGCCCAUGGUUUACAUGUUGUGCUCUUGUGGUUUGGCAGCUUCAAGAAUGGUCUCUCUACUUACACACCACAUUGGGUCAAGCAGAAUCCCAAGCGAUUCCCGAGGAUGAAGAUGCGUGGUGCAAAUGGGAAGCUGACUACAGGCGACGUGCUGACAAUCUUUGGUACAGAGGCACAAAAGGCUGAUGCCAAAGCUUUCAAAACACUCAUGCAGCACCUGAAAGAUCUGGACGAAGAGCAUUCUACCGUCAUCAUGGUACAGGUGGAGAACGAAGUCGGCUGUUUGGGUGACUCGAGAGAUCGCAGUGAGCUUGCCGAAGCACGCUUCUCAGCACCACUGCCCGAGGAAUUCUGUGACUUCCUUUCGAGGGACUGGUCUGGCUUCAAUGAUACAUUUAAGCGUAAUCUCGGGCAGCUUCGCCAAUUUACGGUUCACAAAGGCAUGACGUGGAAGAACUUACCUGGGAACUCCAAGCGGAUCGACGAGCUGUUUAUGGCAUUUGCCUACGCUCGAUACGUGGACGGAAUUGCUGCUGCCGGAAGAUCAGUCUAUCCCCUGCCGCUAUACACAAAUGUCUGGCAGAACAUUAUCGACAGUGAUGCAGACACUAACCUCCCACCCAUCGUCGGAGGUGGCUCAGACCCAGGAGACUACCCAUCCGGUGGAGGUGUGAUAGAUGUGCUAGACGUCUGGCAAUCAUUCACACCCUCGCUCGAGUUCAUCGCCCCGGAUAUCUAUCUCAACGACUAUGCAACGUCGUGCAGAAAGUAUCGGCACAACAACCAACCUUUGUUCAUUCCAGAGCAGCGACGAGACGAGUACGGUGCAUUGCGUAUCUGGAAUGCAUUUGGCUCGCACGCAUGUCUGGGGACGUCGCCUUUCGGCUGCGAAACUGUGGAUCCUACGCAGAGCCCUUUCCGAAAACACUACGGCUUGUUGGCCAAGGUGCAACAUUACAUUCUCACUGCUCAAGCCAAAGGAGACGCCAGUGUGGGUUUCUUCUUCGAUGAAAUGGCUACGGAUGGCUCAGAUCCCUCGCAAAAAGUCACUGCCACAUUUGGAAAUUGGAACUUGAUGAUUGAACGAUCAUUCGUCUUCGGCCGACCAUCAGCUGGCUCAGGAAUGGUGAUUUGGACCGGAGACGACAACUUCUUGCUCAUCGGAUGGGGCUUCCAAGUCACUUUCAAGCACAAGAGCCCCGAAGCCCACUUCAACGGUAUCCUUAGAUUUGAAGAAGUGGAAGUCGAGGAUGUCAAGACUGGAGCACUGAGGACGGUUCGUCUGUUGAAUGGAGACGAGACCCAGAGUGGCAAGUUCGCUAUCAUGCCCAGUGAGAAUCCCGAUUAUGGCGACUUUCCGAUUAGUAUUACCAUCCCUGCACGUACGGGCAUUGCCGUCUGUCAGCCGUAUGCGCUUUUUGAUGAGUGA